AUGAGGCCCCCCGGCCGCCGCGGCCUGCUCGCCGCGGGCGCCUGCGCGCUGCUGCUGGCGGCGUUCCUCCUGGUGGCCAGCCUGGUGGUGACGACGCCCCUGGCGCCGUACCUGCUGCCGCCGCUGGCGCUGUCGCUGCCGUGCCUGCCCGCGGUCACCGCGCCGUCGGGGUCCGGGUACGGCGCGGCGCCGGGCGUCGCGGAGCUGGCGGAGUCCGCCGUGGCGUACGCCACCUCGGAGACCGUGCCGCAGCAGUCGCCCGAGGAGAUCUCGCUGUCGCUGGCCGUGCUCCGGCGCCGCGCGCCGCUGCGGCUGCUGGUGUUCGGCCUCGGCCACGACUCGAGGCUGUGGCACGCGCUCAACCCCGGCGGCGUCACCGUGUUCCUGGAGGAGGACCCCGCGUGGUACCGCGUGGUUCGGGCGCAGUCGCCGUUCCUCCGCGCGCACCUCGUCGCCUACCGCACGCGGCUCGACCAGGCGGACCGCCUCAUGGCCACGUACAGGAGGCACCCGGCCUGCCUCCCGGACAGCAACAACAACGGCACCGGCGGCCUGCUGCGCGUGCGCGGCAACUGGGCGUGCCCGCUGGCGCUGCACAUCCUGCCGCCCGAGGUGUACGAGACGGAGUGGGACAUGUUCAUGAUCGACGCGCCCAAGGGCUACUUCGCGGCGGCGCCCGGGAGGAUGGCCGCGAUAUGGACCGCGGCCGCCAUGGCGCGCGCGCGCCGCGGCGAGGGGGACACCGACGUCUUCCUCCACGACGUCAACCGGAGGGUGGAGAGGAUGUUCGCCGAGGAGUUCCUCUGCGACAGGUUCCGGGUCGGCGGCACCGGCCGGCUCUGGCAUUUCAGCAUCCCGCCGGUUUCACGGCGCGGGAAUGCCACGGCGACCGCCGGUGACCGGAGACCGUUUUGUUAA